GUGUCAGUGAGCAGCAGCAGCAGUCUGGACGCCAGUCCUUCGCCUCCGUCCGUCCCAGCACACUCCCACUGUCUGCCCACCGGCCGCCCCCGCAGCGCCUCAGAAAACUCGUGGAGAGAUGCGAUGCGGGGGAAAGGGAAGGGGGACCGAUUUAUCGCGGAGCAGAGGCAGGCAGCAGGCUCUGCGCACAGCAGCACGCGCAUGCACUGGAUCUCGGGGGCAGAAAGCAGCGCGCCACUGGAAUUAAUAUAAGGGGAAACGCAGCGCAGCCACGGUUGUCCAGGACUGAUCUAAACAUGUACAGGAACUGAAGAAGAGGAAGGCAAGGGAAUAGUCGGCACCAUGGGUGACGGAGGAGCCCUGCGUACUGAAGGGAAUGCCCUGCUGAAGGCUGUUUUCCAGGGCAAGCUUCGGCUUGCGCGUCUUCUGCUGGAGGGGGGAGCGUACAUCAACGAAGGCAACGAGCGAGGGGAGACACCCAUUGUAGCGGCUUGCCUGGCUGGAUAUGAAGAUCCACACACUCGUCAGAAAAUGGUGCGGUAUCUACUAGAGAAAGGUGCUGACCCAAAUAUUCCUGAUAAAUCAGGCAGGACUGCCUUGAUGCAUGCAUGUGCAGAGCGCGCAGGCAAAGAUGUAGUGUCAUUGUUGCUGGAGAACGGAGCAGACCCAAGUCUUAAAGACUACUCUGGGUCCUCAGCUCUGAUGCAUGCCAUCAACAGAGGUGACAGAGAAACCCUGCAGAUCCUGUUAGAUGCCUGCAAAGCCAAAGGCAAAGAGGUGAUCAUCAUUACCACAGACACCUCCCCUUCAGGCACCAAGAAGACAAAACAGUACCUGAAUUCUCCACCUUCUCCGGGUGUGGUGGAUAAACUCUCGCCUGCCUGCAUGUCCCCAUCAGAAGUCGAGAUCCGCACUUCAAGCUCCCCCGCUGGAGAAGAGGAUGGCAUCUUUAGUUUUGCUCUCACCUCCGCUCUUCCACUACCUUCCAACAGGCCACCAGGUGAGAGGAGACCACCACCACGUAAACUUCUCAAAAGGCUGAACUCAGAGCCCUGGGGCUUGGUGGCUCCAAGUGUACUGGCUGAGAGAGGGGAGCGAGUGGAGAGCGACCUAGCAGAGGAAGAGAAGAUUACAACUGAGAUGAAUGGCUUGUCAGUCUCUGGUCCAGGCAGACCCCUGCUUUCACGCAGACACAGCAUUGAGACACAUGACCCCUGUUCCCCGAAGCUGAUCGAUCGCUCUUGUUCCGAAGACUGUGCAGCUCUGUGUGGUUCCUCCUGGGCUGAUAAAGUCCAGCAGCAUCAGUCACUGUACCGCAGGAACACAGCACCUGAGUCACAAGAGAAUGCCAGCCACCCUCCAGGGGGUACCCGCACUUUGCCCCACCCUAAACUCACCCGCAUGGAGCACUAUGAGUCAGACACACACCUGUGCCCUGAGUCCAUCCCUGGAUCUCCAGACUCUGGCCGUGUGUCCGUGGAGCGCCGCAAGUACAAUGCUUCUCCAUUGUCAUUGCUCACCAGCUCCUCCCGAGAAUCAUUAGAGAGUAUCCCAAAUUCUGUGUCUCCCAUCACUAUGAGGAGGAGGCCCCCAGGCCUGCUGGAGCGCAGAGGCUCGGGCACGCUUCUCUUGGACCACAUCUCACAUACACGGCCUGGAUUCCUCCCCCCACUCAAUGUCAACCCCCAGCGGCCAAUACCAGACAUCCGGGCCAAUGGAAAGCCCACCUCACCUGUGCACUCCAGCACCAAGAUACUGCUACCUGUAGCCCCCUCAUCACCAAAGCGUGGACUGGACUUCAAGAUGAAAAAGAAGCUGUUGAGGAGGCACUCCAUGCAGACGGAGCAGAUGAAGCAGCUCUCCACCUUUCAGGAGAUCCUGGCAGAGAAAGUUAUGGAGGUCAAUGGAGACUGAGGCUUAUGGGCGAGUGUGAGAGAUAUAUAGCCCAUAUGUAGAGAGCCUACAAUUACCAUUACUCAAAUGAUAUGCUGAUUCAUAUGGCUACUACAGCUCCCAUUCAUUGUACGCCACAUUAACAUAUUUCUUUAAAUUCACACCACUUUUAUUUAUUUUUGGAUUCUCAUUUUUGAUGACCAGUUCUUGUCAUUUGAAAAAUUAAUGUUUAAGCAAAAUUCCUUUUCACUUUUCACUUGCAAGGCAUGAAAAGUGACAGCUGGGGUGUACAGUACUGUCCAAAAGUGAGACACCAUCCUUCAUUUAUUUAAUUUCCAGUCAAAGUGGCCAUUGAGAACAAGUUAUUCAUUUUUCAGGAGAUUUUUCUCAGGAGAUUUGAUAUAAGAAAAUCCACUUAUAUAAGUUAAGGGGAAAGUCAAAGGAAAAUAAGUAGAAAAAACACAAGUUCAAAAAGUAAUUAAAAUACACAGAGAAAGUACAACUGUGCAGGACCAAGUAGAGCACCAAAACUAUCCCCAUCAGAUAAACAGUUUUUAAAGCUUGUCAAGGUUCACUCUGGCUUCGGAUCUGAAAAUUCACAGGUGUUUCUGUGUAUCCUUCCACUGUGAGAAGACAAGUCAACACUUUGGGUCUGAAAGGAUGUGUAUCUGUUAAGAAGCUGAGAAAAGAAAAUAGACAAAAGAGACAACUACAAAUCAAACAAAGAAGCUGCUGGAGUUGUCAGAGCAAUGGACUGACCACCUUAGAGUCCAAACAAUACUUAACGUGAUGGGGAUUAGUUAGAUUGCAAGACACAGAAAAUACAACCAACUUCAAAUACUGAACUUUGGAGCUGUGAAAAAAUAUCCCAGAAGUUUUGAAAAACUGAAAGCAGGCUUCCUAAAAAUGAAUGGAAGCUGUAAUAAAGGCCAAAAGUGGACACACUAAAUACUUUUAAUAUUAUAUUAUAUAAUGCAUAUUUAUAUAUUAUAGUUGAGACUUUUGUGUUAUUUUCUAUUAAGAAAAUCUUGUACUUAACAGCAAUUUUGCCUGGUAUUAAAUAUAGGGUGGUCUCUUGCAAAGUACUGUAUUUCCAACAAAAUGUUAGUGAGGUGAAUGCUGCAGGCAGAUUGAUGCAAUAUUCUCUGAUUUCUGUUUACAAAAGCAGCACAAGUCACAGAGAAUUAAAGAAUAUAAGGAAUAUAAGUGGAAUUAAAAUAUAAGUAUCUUUUCUAGGUAUGGAACAGCAUCAUUCAGGUUUUGUUCCUAAAAACAAGAAGCCUCAUUCACCAACCGUUCUUAAGAAGAAAUGUCUUUUUAAACCCCCAUACACAAUUUUCAUGAAGAUACUGACAUUCACCAAUGUUUUCUUAUCUGGCAUUAGUUCUUAGAUAUAAACAGAAUUAAUUGACACUCAAGAGUUAAAAUGUGCAAACAAUUCUGUGGCAUAAGAGCAAAAAAUGAUUCUGGCAAUUUGAUAAAAAAAAAACAUAAGAAGGUAUUGGUGAACGAGACCCAAUGUCAGUUUACUUCUUUUUCUUUCAAAACGGUUUUAACCGAUGACAAGUCACUUAUAUGAGACCUGUUCCUGACCAUUUCUGCUUAUUUGUUAAGAGAAAAAUCAUGACAGCUGAAAACAGAAAACAAAAAAUCCACUGACUGAAUCAACUGCACAUCGUAGGGGUGGAGAACAGACGUUGUAUGUAUGGUUUUUAAAUUUAAAAAAAAAAAAUGAAGUGCAAUUCUCAACACAGAAUCCCAAAGAAAUUCCAUGAAACCCAUUCAUGUUUACUGUACCAAAAUGGGAGGGAGGGCAUGGAGAACCUGAAUGUGAAGGAUACGGCUGCUGUGCCUUGUGUGCAGAAGAGGCAGAGCGCACAUGUAGAUAAUGUACAGAUUCACAGACAGCAAAACAACAAUUUGUGUUUCAAGUAUUUUGUGUGCAAUAUUCUGUGCUGCAAGAUCUCUGGUUUCAUAUUAUCGUGGUGAACGUUGGGUGAUCAUUAUAUUUGCAGCACGAAAAAGCAAUCUGCAGUUCUGGGGAACAUCGUGGCGUGCUGAAGUACAAAGUCACUGAAGGGAAACAGCAAAGUUUACCCUCGCAGAAAGAAAAUACACUCAUUUGAAAUGAAAUUAGUUUCAGUGUAGUGUUUGUCAGUGUAGAGAGGAAAACAUAUAUACAAAUAAACAUAGUUUAACAAAGCUUAAAAUGUGGUUGAUAGUCUUGCUUCUGUUUUAUUAAAGUUCAAUUUAAGUGCUUUUAGUUAGUUAAUUUAUAUCUGUGGAUACAACUAUAUGUACUUUAACAUGGAAAAAAAAAAACAGAGUAAUAUUUUUCUAUGCCUGUGUGAUGGGACUCAUUUUUCAUCAUUUGUUUCCAACAUUACAAACCAGAAUGCAUAUAAUUUUGCUUGUAGUUGCUGAGGUGGAAAUUAUCUCUACUUUCAGUAUGGCAGUUUUGCCUAGAGAACAUCUUCCCAUGAAGUUUCAAAGAGAAAAAGGGACCAUAAAUGUUGAUUAUGUUCUUUAAUGAAGGUAUUUUCCCACAGAUAGAUGUGUGGUCAACCAUUUAACCACAAACCAUUGAAAGCAACCUAUAUACAUGUUUCAGGUGAUACUCUGUAUUUCAUUUGAAAUGAUCUAAUUGCUAACAUCUCAUUCAUUUCUUAUUAUGUAGUAUCUUACCACUCCUGUAGGUCUUUCCUGAUGCUCCACAGAGCAGUGAGUAGUUGCACUGAGUUUUAUCUGUUUCUGGGUAUGUUUGUAAAAGAGAACACCAACCUGCUGUACAAAAAAAAAAAAAAAUCCCAGUAAACUUGUAUUAAAUUGUGCUCAGGUAUGUCUGACCAGACCCAAAAGGAGGAGGAGGGUCUCCAGUUGUUUUAGUCGCAGUACACAGAGGCCAUGUGUCAUGGCGUGCUGCUAAGUUGUGUGGGUGAUAGGAAUAGCAUUACUGCACAUCCAAGUGUCUUACUUUGCGUGUAUCAAAGGGAUAGCAGUUACCGUUAUCAACAUCUAGUUAAAUUGGUUCAAUAUUUAUCGUAAUUUUUGUAUGUUUAGUGUGGUACACUGGUAAAAAAUGUACUGAACUGAAUACUUAAUCGCUAAAAAAAUUAGACUUUUGUGUUAGCAGUAAGCUGUCCUGGAUGGCAGGCAGUAGUGUCCGUGUAGUACUCUGCACAACACGAUGGGAAGUAGUCUCAUAUUCAUAUGAGACAUUUAUGGUGCUUUGAAUAAAGGCAUGACUAAACCAA